GGAACUAUCAACUACCCUUCCUCGACAGACUUGAAGUAAUGAAAACAGUCAUCCCCAGGCGAAACACCCCAAUGGAGUGGGCCACUUUCUCUCUCAACAACAUAAACAGAAACACGGAAACGGUCAAACAGUCGGCAGAUCUGAGAGCCAAAAUCAACUCAGUGUUGACUGACACAUCCCGAGAUUUGAGAGAAAUGAGUGAUCGAGUUGAAAUGUCCGUGGGGCUCAGAAUAAACCAAGUCGAGACCGCCCUUGAAAAAUUGAAGGACAACUUGCGACUUGUAACUCUACUCGAACGGAACUGGAAAUUAAUAAACGAAUCCAUUUCUACACUCAAACAAAAAGAGAACGAGCUUGAAAAUGCUUUGAAGAGAUGCAAUGAGACCAAACUACAAACCCAAGACCAAAUUCAACGAAAGGAACAAAGUCUCUUCAUUGACCGGAACAAGUUUCUGCCGGUGAGAAGACGGUACCCCAGCACUAUCACACUCCUGGGAUACCCCAACUAGACAUACUCACAAUACUA